AUGGCGUCGGCAGACACCAUCACCAUGGACCUCAACGACCAAUCCACCAUCGCGACAGGAGGAGACUCCCUCCCCACGCCACUCAGUCUCAAAGCCAUCCUCUCGCCCUCAUCAGUCCUCAACGUUUUGGUGAUUUGGCUCAGCUACCGUGUCUUGCUGGCUCUUUACAACAUCUCGCCUUUUCACCCGCUUUAUAAGUUCCCUGGACCAAAGAUCGCUGCGGCGACGUUCCUUUAUGAAGCUUGGUAUGAUUGGAUUUUGGAGGGGCAGUAUACGAAUCGGAUUAGGGAGAUGCAUCGGGUUUAUGGCCCCAUAAUCCGCAUCUCCCCCCAUGAGAUCCACGUCUCAACCCCUUCCUUCGCAGACGAAGUCUACCCCUCCUCCUCCUCCCUCCGCAUCCGCGACAAGUCCCAACACCAGCUCAACACAGGCGGCGCCGGCCCCGUUUCCGUAACCGGAUUUUCCACCGUCUCGCACGAGCUCCACCGUCUCAAGCGCGCGCCCCUAUCCAAGUUCUUUUCCCGCUCGCAAAUGUUGCUUCUAGAAGGGGAGGUAACCGACCAUUCCCGCCGGGUUAUCAACAAACUUCUUCGCAUUGGCACCAGCACCACCGAAAACAAAGUGCAAGACGUCAAAGAAGCAUUCAACUGCUUCACAGCCGACGUCAUAGCGCAAUACUGUUUCGGCGAAUCGCUGGGGUUUGUCGACCAGGAAAACGGGUGGGAACCGAACUUUGCGACUUGGACUUCAUCUUUCAUGCGCGCUGCUUAUGGGAUGCGGAAUAAUACGCUGAUGCGCAAGAGCGCGUCUGCUCUUCCCUUUUUGGCUCGCAAGAACUUGCUGGGCGAGGACGUGCGGAAAGUAAUGGAAGUGAUGGAAGUUUUGGUUCCUGAUUUCUUGCGCAAAGCGCUAGGCAACGAAGCAAAGGACGGAAAGGGGGGGAUCUUUGCGGAUAUUAUGCGCAGUAUGUCUGACAAUGGCAAGAAGAAGUUGACGGACGAGGAGAUGUACUGGCUCUCAGGUGAGGGGUUCAACUUCCUCCUUGCCGGAACCGAAACGACAGCCGCUAUCCUCACGACCAUAACUUUCUGGCUCCUCGCCAAACCCCAAGUCUACGACAGACUGAUGACCGACCUCAACACCCUAUCCCCAGAAACCAUAAAAUGGACCGACCUUGAGCAGAAACCGUACAUGUGGGCCGUCGUGCACGAAGCGUUGCGGAUGAUGCCGGGUGUUUCGCACCGGAGCGCAAGAGUGGCACGUACCGAAGACUUGGUCUUCAAGGACAGGAAGAAUGGCGACAAGGAGUGGGUUAUUCCGAGAGGAACGCCCGUGGGCAUGACGAGUAUGAUUCAGCAUUGGGACGAGGAGCUUUUCCCGCAGCCGGAUGAUUUUUUGCCUGAGCGCUGGCUGGUAACUGAAAAAGAUGGGGAUGGCAAGAUGAUGGUGAAGCCGGAUUAUAAGUUGCAGAAAAACCUGUUGGCGUUUGGAAAGGCGGGACAUGGGAGGGCUUGUAUUGGUGAGAGUCUGGCAUACUGCGAGGUAUACAUCAUGGCUGCGCUGAUGGCGUUCCAUGUCAUUCCUAGGGCAAGGCUGGUGGAUACGACGAGGGAGAACUUUGAUUAUGAUCACGAUAUGAUUGUGCCGCAGACAAAGUUUGGGUCUAUCUCUUGCAAGAUUGCCAUUCAGUGA